CACGUCCAACACAUAGUGCUCAUCCGAAUAACUAAGUACUUACAUAGUCAUAAAUAGUCAUAUAUAACAAAUAUAUUUCAUAAUUAUAUCAUUACUAUAUAUAAGUACAACUCUUGUCAUGCUUACUCGGCUAAGUAGACGAUUGCAGUCCACCAGAGCUCUUACGGUUGGCGAUCGUGUAGUGAUAUCGAAAAGAGUCGAAAAAUCGGAUAUUAACGAUUUUGCUCGUCUGAGUGGUGACACUAAUCCCAUACAUUCUGGCGAUCGUCCUUUGGUGCACGGCAUAUAUUUAGCGGGUCUGGUGUCUGGGGUGAUUGGUACCAAGUUACCCGGUGACGGCACGGUUGUCGUGUCCAAGAAACUGAGGUUUCCAAACGCGUGUUAUGCCGGCGAUCUAGUCAAAAUAGAAGUUGAGAUACAAACCAUAAGAAAGCUUGUGAAGUGUGGAUUCUGGUGUAGGGUUGGGGACAAGGUAGUCAUGGAAGGCACAGCGGAUGUUAUCAAUAAACGUCUUACUAAAAAUCAGACGUGUAAUAAUGCAGUUUAAAAUAAAGAGUUAAAUAUAAAAUCCUGUGUUAUAUUUUUAAGCUUCCGAAUCCCCGGAUUGCUUAGUUUAGUCACUUUUAAACUGUUCAACUUUUAAAAUUAAGCGUGAAAAUAUAUAUUUUGUAGUUUAUCAAUAUAAUACUUAUCAUAAUAUUAUAAUGACGAUACUGUUUUUGUUUUAUAAUGUGCAGUUUAUUUUUAAGUAUAGAAGUUAUAAGUGCAUAAUAGUUUUGUAGGUGCAUGUGAUACUAUAACCAGUAACGGCUAGUCGACAUCCCUUAACCACCUAAAAUGUUCUAAUUAAAUUAAUUUAAUUGAGGGGUUGAUUAAACUAAAAAAAAGUAUUCACUAUGAA